UGCUAUUUGGGUUGGUUACACCGGCGCAUGGUUCUUUUCGAUUUUCGUGUGUUGUACUGUCAACAUGAAGAUUGGACUUUGUGCUUACAGUGGGUACAAAAUAUACCCCGGUCAUGGGAAAACCAUGGUAAAAGUCGACGGAAAGACCUUCACUUUCCUCAACUCAAAAUGCGAACGUGCGCAUUUAAUGAAGCGAAAUCCACGUAAAGUGACGUGGACUGUCUUGUACAGACGUAAACAUAAAAAAGGUCAAGAAGAAGAAGCCACUAAAAAACGUACACGCAGGACCCAAAAGUUUCAACGUGCUAUUGUUGGGGCUUCUCUAAAUGACAUUUUAGCUAAACGGAAUCAGAGGCCGGAGGUUAGGAAAGCGCAAAGGGAGCAAGCGAUCAGGGCCGCUAAAGAGCAGAAAAAGCAAACCAAAACUGCGAAGAAAGUGGCACAACCUGCGAAACAACCUAAAAGUGCCCCGAAACAAAAAGCCGCCAAGAAUGUGCAAAAGGCCGCACCGAGAGUGGGGGGAAAACGUUAAUGUAUUGAUUUUUGAAUAAAAAAUUACACCUAA